GCCAUCAGUCAAACCCCGUCAAUCUCCCGGCCCCGGCGGCUGCUCCCGCGCCUGCGCGGUCCUCUCCCCGGCGCAGAGGGGGCGGCGGCGGACAGGCGCGUGUGCUUUGUCCCCUCCCCAGACGCGCCUCCCUCCGGCGGCCGCCGCGGCUUUUCCCCCGCCGCCCUUCGGGCCCCGGUCCCCGCAGCGGAGGAGAUGCUGCGGGCCUGGCAGCGAGCGGGCGCGGCCACCGCCGCCCAGAGCUGCCUUUGUGGAAAGUUUGUACUCCGCCCAUUACCACCAUGCCGCAGAUAUUCCACAGCGGGAAGUUCGGGAUCCUCCGCGGGCAAAGUCAUUGGAGCAGGGCUUUUAUUUAUUGGCGGAGGAAUCGGAGGGACGGUUUUGUACGCUAAUUGGGACUCCCAUUUCCGAGAAAGCGUCGAGAAAGCCGUACCUUAUUCCGACAAACUCUUCGAGUUAGUUCUCGGUCCUCCUCCUUAUAGUAAACCACUCCCAAAGCCGGUCCAACCUGGUCCACUAAAAAUCUCCAGCGUCUCAGAGGUAAUGAAAGAAUCUAAGCAGCCCAGUUCAAAACUCCAGAAAAGUAAGGGAGAAACUGCGCCAUCAGGAACAGCAUCUACAGAGGCAGCUCAAAUUAUUUCCGCAGCAGGUGAUGCAUUGUCCGUCCCAGCUCCUGCGGUUCAGCAAGAGGAUUCUGUGAAGACUCAUCACCGUGAGCACCAUGAAGGUAGACACAAGCCUGGAGCUUCAGAAGAGGAGUGUGGGUGUGAAACCUCCCCUUCCCUAAAAGAGCGUUCACCUGAGGAAGUCGCCAUCCGCCUGGCCCGGCAAGAAAAAGAGGAACAAGAGAAGAUUCAGUCCCUAGCCAAGAACUUGGAAGAUACCCUGAGUCACACUGCUCGAGUGACACUACAGGCAAUUACCGCCCAGAAUGCUGCCAUCCAGGCCAUUAACGCGCACUCAAACAUACUUAAAGAGGCCAUGGACAAUUCCGAGACUCCAGGUGAAAAGAAGUCAGAGCAGUGGCGCACCUUGGAGGAAGCCUUGAAAGAUCGCAGGAAAGCAGUAGAUGAAGCAGCUGAUGCCCUUCUGAAAGCUAAAGAAGAGUUAGAGAAAACUAAGGGUGUCAUUGAAAAUACCAAGAAGACUCAGAUGGCCGGGGCCAAGCCUCCCGUCACAGCCGCCGAAGAGAAUCUCCACCACAUGAUCGUCGACUUGGAUAACGUGGUCAAAAAGGUUCAAGCAGCCCAGUCUGAAGCUAAGGUAGUAGCUCAGUAUCAUGAGCUUGUGGCUAAAGCCAGAGAUGAAUUUCAACGGGAAUUGGAUAGUAUUACUCCAGAUCUGCAUCCUGGUUGGAAAGGGCUCAAAAUCUCUGACUUAGCUGGGCAGCUGUCCACCGACGAUCUCAACUCCCUGAUCGUGCACGCCCAUCGCCGCGUCGACCAGCUCAACAGGGAGCUGGCCCAGCAGAAGGUCCGAGAGCAGCAGCACAUCGAGGCCGCCCUGCAGCAGCAAAAGCUGGAAGAUAAGCGGGCCUUCGAGUCCGCCGUGGCCAAAGCGCUGGACCGCCACAGGGACGAGAUCCAGAUGGAGCAGGACCGCAAGGUGGAGGAGGUGAAGGACGUCAUGGAGGUGGAAAUGAGGACCCAGCUCCGCCGGCAGGCGGCCGCCCACACCGAUCACCUGAGAGACGUGCUGAGGAUACAAGAGCAAGAGCUCAAACAGCAGUACGAGCAGGGCUUGUCUGAGAAACUGUCCGAACAGGAAAUGGAGUUCAGACGCCUCAAUCAGGAGCAGGUCGACAAUUUCACUCUGGAUAUAAACACGGCCUACGCCCGGCUGAGAGGGAUUGAACAGGCCGUCCACAGUCACGCGGCGGCGGAAGAGGAAGCCCGGAAGGCUCACCGGCUGUGGCUGUCGGUGGAGGCGUUGAGAUACGGCAUGAAGACGGCCGCCGGCGACGGCCCCACGGCGCCCCUCGGGGACGCCGUGGCCGCCAUCCGGACCGCCUGCGGCGACAGCGAGUUCGCCCAAGCCUUGACGGCCGCCCUCCCGCCCGCCUCCCUGACGCGGGGGGUGUACAGCGAAGAGGCGCUCCGGGCCCGCUUCCACGCCGUCCAGAAACUGGCCAGAAGGGUGGCCAUGAUCGACGAGACCCGCAACAGCCUCUACCAGUUCUUCCUGUCCUACCUGCAGUCCCUCCUGCUGGUCCAGCCGCGCCAGCUGCCCCCGCCGGCCCAGCUGGGCCCCGAGGACCUGGACCCCUUCAAGCUCCUGGCCUACGCCUCCUACAGCGUCGAGCACGGCGACCUGGAGCUGGCGGCCAAGCUGGUCAACCAGCUCAAGGGCGAGUCCAGGAGGGUGGCCCAGGACUGGCUGAACGAGGCGCGGGUGACCCUCGAAACCAAGCAGGUGGUGGACCUGCUCACGGCCUACGCCAGCGCCGUGGGGCUAGGGACCACCCAGGUGCCGGCGGGCUAGAGGGCGGCCCCCGAGGCGGGCGGCUCCGGCCCGGCCCCGGCCGGCCCACGGAGAUCGGGGACGCGGAAGGGGCCGGGGGGGGCGUCCGCGUCGUCUGCCCCCGGCCCGUCGGCCAAGGCCGGGAACGCUUCCCCCGCCGCUUCUACGAGGGAAACCUGCGGCGCCUGGACCGGCGGCGGGGAAAGCCUCCUCUGCCGCUCGUGUACGUUUUGCAGGUUUAACCCACCGGGCUUGUGAUCCGACCCAAAUUGUGUUUGCAAUCCCUGCCACUCUUGAUCUUUGCCACCUGCGCAAAUGGAAUAAAACGACGAGAAUCAUCAAGCGA